UAGUGUGUUGUGUGUUGGGACAGACUGUGGCACAGACAGAGGACGCAGCUGUCACAUGCUAUCAGAGCGGAGCCUUGAAGCUGACCUGUAGGAUGAGGAAUUGGGCUUAAACAACAUUAAUUAUCAAAUGGGGAACGCUUUAUAAACGAACAAACUGCGAAAGAGUCGUUAGUGUCAUCGACAAGAAGCUUUCAAAGUUGUGGUCCGCGCGGACGCACCGUUUGGACCAGAGCACGUUAGGUCGUUUGAAUCACGUUACCGGGGAGACGGUAGUUAACGACGACGGGCCGCUGUAAAGACGUGCGGCUAACAGUGUUUCAGAGUUAAAGCCUCCGCUAAGGAUAAAAGCAACAGAGCAAUUAAACCAGCCGGAGCUGAGGAGGACAUACGAAGGCGAGGAUCCAAGCAGCAUGGUUACCACAAAGGGAGCAGGUUUGAACCCAAAUGCUAAAGUGUGGCAGGAGCCUGCCCACCAGAAUGACAUCCCAGAGGGGACUGAGGAUUCUCCUUGGCCGUUGACCUACCCUCCUCCAGCUGAGAUGACCAACGGUUACUCAGAUGUUCCCUCUUUGGGGGGAAAAGGAUACGACGCUGAGUAUCCUGAUAGCCCUGCUGACUAUGCCCCUGUACCCACAGAGGGCAUUGUGAACGGCACUGACCACCCUGACAUGAUGUAUUUAGUCUUUGACCCACAAUGCGAAUCAGCCACAGAUGGUGAUGCUGCUAAGGAGCAGCCCAUAUCCGAGGAGAACCUAAGAGAGUCUUUGAAGAAACAGCUUGAGUUCUGCUUUUCUAGAGAGAACCUAUCUAAGGACCUGUACCUGAUAUCCCAGAUGGACAGUGAUCAGUUUGUUCCCAUCUGGACCAUCGCUUGCAUGGAGGACAUCAAAGCCCUCACUACUGACAUGGACCUCAUUCUAGAUGUGCUGCGAGCCUCUCCCAUGGUGCAAGUCGACGAAACUGGAGAGAAGGUCCGGCCAAACCAUAGUCGCUGCAUCAUUAUUCUGAGGGAGGUGCCUGAGACCACACCUGUUGAGGAAGUAGAGGCUCUUUUUAAGAGUGAAAACUGUCCAAAAGUGUUGAGUGCUGAGUUUGCACACAACAGCAACUGGUACAUAACAUUUCAGUCUGAUAUGGAUGCACAGCAGGCUUACAGAUACCUGAGAGAGGAGGUCAAAACAUUCCAGGGAAAACCAAUAAUGGCUCGCAUUAAAGCCAUUAAUACAUUCUUUGGUAAGAAUGGCUUCCGCAGUGUGGACUCAAGUGUGUACAGUCAGCAUGUCCAACCACAGGCUCAGUAUGGCUCCCCAGUCUACAUGCAGCAGGUGUACAGCCCUCAGCAGCAGUACCCUGUAUACCCUGUGGUGUCCCCCUCCUGGAGCCCUCCGGUCAUGCCUUACUUUGAAACACCACUGGCACCUUUCCCACACAGCGGAUUCAUGAAUGGUUACAGUAAUCCUGGGAACUACAACGCAAACUCAAGCUCCGUCAGCACCCAUCGACCCAUGAGCAGGAACCGAAACCAUGUUAAGGGUCAACCUAGGCCUGGAGACGUGCCCCCUUCUUUGGCUCCAGAGACCCUGAUGGACGGCCUGUCUGCUCCCUUGAGUCCACAGCCCCUUCACACAUCAGGGACGCCAACUGGCACCACUUCAGCGACAGCCUCUCUGCCUUCCUUCAGCCUUAAAGACAUUUCUCCACAGGCCAUCAUAGCCAGUGGAUAUCACAAUGGGGCUACACGUGGCAGGAGAGGAAGCCACAGAGGCAUGAGGAGGAAAAGAGAAGACGAACAUACUACAAGGUCUGCCCCUGUGAUGGAGACCAAGGUACCACCACAACCAAAGUUUGACCUGGCAGCUUCCAACUUUCCUCCUUUGCCUGGAUCUGUGGUCAGUAUGCGUGGAGAGACUACGCCAGAGAUGCGCCUUUCUGAUGUUGUGCGUGGCCUAAAGGUGACCAACAAGGCUCAGAGCCAAGAGGUUAACGAAACCCGACACACAAACAUGUCAGAAGAUGCUGUAAGCAAACCUGAUUCUUUGAGCCUGGUUGCUACACCUGCGUCUGUGACACCACUCACAGUGACACCACCAGUCUUAAGCGUUUGUCCUCCGGUAAAGGAAGAGGAUAAAGCUGAACCUCCGGUUCCAAAGGAAGCUAUCUCCUCAUCCACAGAGGUUGCCUCCCCAACAGCCUCAGAACCUUCUCCCUCCACCUGCAGCCCGUCUGUCUCUACAGAAGCAUCUUCGCCAUCUUCCCCAACUCCAGCAUCUCUGACAUCAGAACUGGCGGCAAGAAAGCUCAGCUAUGCAGAGGUUUGCCAGAGACUGGCCAAAGACCCUCCACCAGCACAGACACCCACUUCCCCUCCCCCUCCCUCCUCAGCCAGUCAGCCCCUGCAAGAGCUCAAGGUCAACGGGGUUGAGGAGUCUCGGCCCAACUCCACGCGCACUACACACAAACCAGAGAAACCCAGAGACAGCCGGCCUCCUCGUCAACCGUUACGCUCCUUCAGAGGAGCAAACAGCCAAGUCCGAUCCGCAGGGUUGAAGAUUCGGGAUCAGCAGAGAGGCCUGUAUACUGGCAAACAGUUUUCCCCACACCGGGGCGCCAGACGCAGCGGCAAAGAACAGAACAUUCCGCCAAGGUCACCAAAAUGACUACAGAAAGAGGAACCUAUAAAACAUGAACUGAAACAGAGAUAAAAACAAUAUAUAUGUAAAUAUAUAAUAUAUGUAAAUAGAAAGAUGAAUAUAUUUCAUUUAACAGACUUUUUCAAAGAAUCUUAAUAUUGUUGCAGACCUAAAAAUAUUUAGAAAAACUUAAUGUAGAUUUCCCUUUUUGGGAAAAUACAUAUAGUCUGCUGACAGAAUUGCAGACUUUUGGGGUAAAACAUACUCUGCUGAGAGUAAUGUUACCAUGACGAUCUCAAAAAAAGCCUCCAGAGAUGGGCUAAAUGUGUAGCGCGCGCGUGUGUGUGUGUUUGAGCAUGAGAGGAAUUAAGAGGGAUCCUGUUACUUUUAAAUAUACAGUAGACCAACAUUUAGCAAAGACUGCCAACUUCCAAAAUGACAAAAGAGGCACAUUUGAUUUCUUUUUGAGCGGUUAUUGUUGGCAUGUGAUUCAUCUUGAGUUUUUUUUUUUUUUUUUUUAAAUCAGAUUUGUUGUGCAUUGAAAUCAAGGUAUAUGAAAAUGUAUGAAAUGGAAGAAUCCAGGGCAGAAUAAUAGAAACAAAGGCGUGUGAUAAACUACAGAAGGUUUGAACUUUAAGUAGUUUGUAGAUAAUUAUUAUAUAAAUGUUAUUUCGUUAAAUGAUGCUGGUGUAUACUAUGUUACACGUUUUCAGGACAUUACAGUGUGAUGGUUAUAAUCCUUAAGUGUUUUUGCAGCAGUUGUUUCUGUGAUGCAGACAUCAGAUCAAUACUACUAACAUUUGAAAUAAGCUCUGCAUCCUAACUGGAGUAGAUCUGCUUAUUUCAUUUUUGCAGGAUUGUAUCAGUGAUGUAACUCCUGUUCAAAAUCAGUAUAGCUUGUAAAAAGAGCGUGAGCAGUGAUGAGAACAGUAGUCGUUUGCUACAUAACCUACUGUUGUGGGGUUGUAGCUGUUAGCAGGAGAAAGACUGUCUUUCAUGUUUAUCAGAUGUCAGUAAUGCUGGUGUGCAUCUCAAAAAGCAAGAUUAAAGAGUUUGACGGCUAACUUUGGUUCAGGCCUGGGUUAUGAUAUGGAUCGUUUUAGGAACGUUUUUACAGUAGGUGGUAGGUCUUGAAAGCUAAGCGGUCCUUAAUUGGUGACUAGCUUCUGCAUGUGCAUUGCUAAAACCUAAUGGAUGAUGAUGUGAGGGACCUCAGGAGAAGAAAUUAGGAUUUUUUUCCACCACAGAAAUCUUUGGCUUCUUCUUGAUAAAGGUAGCUACUCAAUGGUUGGUGUUUAAAGUUGACUGCCUGAAACAUCUGUUUUGAUGGGACACAUAAGGCUUCAGACGAGCGUAGUCCUUCUGGCAUAAACCACUUUUUGUUCUUGAUUUUAUAAAUGUCUAUUUGUUGUAGCUUUCCUCGAGCGUGUGUAUAUACUGCUGUAGAUGAGUUUAAUUUUCUAUCAAGUUAUGUUUUUCUUUUCAUGGUAUUCAAUGUUUGUGUGAUGUUGGAAAUUUUUUUAUGUAAACUGAUCUGAGAAAAGUGGCUUGAUAAUUGACAGCUAACUGAAUUGGACACUGAUCAGCCACUCGUGGCUUAACAAUAAGACCUGUACCUGUAAUGGUGUGAAUUGAAAUGCACUAUUCUUUUGAUCUCAAGGCUUUUGAUCAUUACAGCAGUAAGAAACGGAAAGGUGUUGCACAGAGAUGUACGGCUGGAGCUUAAAUGUGUUCAUAAAUGUUCUUCUUUUUCAUCUGAAUAGUUUGUAGUGUUGCAAAUGGAAUUCAACAAAAGAUGAUUGAAAAAAAAUAUCACAUUUUCAUGAUUAAAGUUAUAAAACAUUUUGCCUUAGAUAAUUGUUUGGAGUCCUCUGCUUAGGGACUUGACUGCAGUGUACAGUAUUGUGUGUCAUGUAAUCAGUAGUUCAGUCGUCUCCUGUGUAUAUGUGUCUGUGUAAACUUGUGUGUGUGUGUGUGUGUGUGAGAGAGAGAGAGAAAGGGAUUGCUUCUGCUUCAGACUACAUGGAACUGUUAUCUCAAACCAAACCUCCAGUGCCUUUAACGGUCUUUAAUAUUAGAUAAAGAGUGCAAGAGAUGUGAGCACAUCAAUUUGUCUAACUAUACAGGGCUGGUUAGCCGGUUGUCAGAAUCCAACAUUAUCAGUAAAUGACACUGGGAGACAUUAGAUCCUGCCCAGUGUUAAUCUCAGUUUAUUGUGGGUGCAGCUGCAGGGCUGGGGCUGGUUGGAGUGGAGCUUAGUGUGCGUGUGUGCAUGCUUGUUUGUCCAUCAUGUUAGUUUGUCAAUGCAAUUUCAGUCUUAUAUCAGAAUCCUGCUUGUAACUCACUAACAUGGGACUGUAGUUUCCAGCCAAGUACACACUGGUUUAUUAAGUGACUAUUUUAUUGCUGAGCCUGAAGUAUGAGAAUAAAGAUUUAUUUUUAAA